AUGAAUGUCAUGAACCAAACCAUUGUCACUGAGAUUAUUCUCCUUGGUUUUCAGGAUCUAAUAUAUUUUAAGGCAUUAUUUUUAUUUUUCCUUCUGAUUUUCCUUAUUGUUACCAUGUAUGGAAAUAUUCUGAUUAUUUGGCUGGUGGCAUCUAACAGCAGUCUCCAGUCUCCCAUGUACUUCUUCCUAACACAGCUGUCCAUUUCUGAUUUACUUGUAACUACAGCCAUUGUCCCCAAAACACUUUAUAUUAUAUGUAAUGAAGGGGGUGUUAUAUCUUUUCCUGGUUGCAUUAUUCAACUUUAUUUCUAUGCAUGCUCGGAAGCCUUUGAGUGUUUUCUUCUGUCUAUAAUGGCUUACGACAGAUACUUGGCCAUCUGUAACCCGCUGAGAUAUCAUACUCUAAUGAACCCUAUGCUAUGCAUGAUAUUGGUUGUUAUAUCAUGGCUAUUAGGCUUUUUUGUGGAAUCAAUUAUUGUGAUAUCAUUAAUUAAUCUUCAAUUUUGUGGCCCAAAUGUUAUUGACCAUUUUUUCUGUGAUCUUGUUCCACUAUUAGAACUUUCCUGUUCAGAAACAUAUUUUAUUGAAGUGGAAUCUCUCAUAUUAUGUGUACCAAUUACAUUCUCUCCACUUAUUAUUAUUACAAUUUUUUAUGUGUAUAUUGUCCAGGCUGCCCUUAGAAUCUCCACCUCAAGUGGAAGAGCUAAAGUCUUCUCCACUUGUAGCUCACACCUUAUUGUGGUUUCUAUAUUCUAUGGCACCUUAACUGGAAUUUAUAUGAGUCCAGGCCAAAAAAACUCUACGACUGUCAAAAAAAUAGCUUCCUUGUUUUACACUGUUUUGACUCCUAUGAUUAACCCGAUCAUAUACAGUCUGAGGAAUAAAGAAAUCAGGGAGACUGUGAAAAAAAAACUUUGCGUCAAAUAA